AUGUACUCUACCCUCACACAUGUAAUUGAUAACAUGCUUACGAAAAGUUGUUUUGUUUGUUUGGAGUCAUUUUACAGGGAACAUGAGGACAACCAUUGCUAUGAGGAUAACCAUCAUCACUUUAGCGAUAUUUGGUCAAGUAUCAACAGACGUUCAAAACAGCCAGCAUGUUAUACACAAGACUAAACUAGGCUUCAUCCAGGGACUCGAAAUCUCAGAACGAAACACAGUUAAAUUGUACAAGUUCCUAAACAUUCCCUACGCGCAGCCUCCGCUUCAGAGACUCAGGUUCACCAAACCGAGGCCGCAGGGCCCCUGGAAGGGUACGCUGAACGCCACGACCCACGGACCGGCGUGUCCGCAGGUCCACAACCAACACUUCGUCAAAUACGGCAUGAACGAGGACUGUCUACACCUGGACAUCUACGCCCCGCCGGGUUUGAGUAGGUUUUCCAGAAAAUCUGUGAUGGUGUGGGUACAUGGGGGUUCUUAUACUGUAGGAAGUGCGUCAUUUUAUGACGGGAGCAUGUUGGCCAAAACUGGACAUGUUGUUGUUGUGACCAUCAACUAUCGACUUGGGAUAUUAGGCUUCCUUGCUUUAAAGAAUUCCACCACUAAAGGGAACUACGGCCUGUGGGACCAGAUGAUGGCUCUGAAGUGGAUUAAGGAUAACAUCGAUGACUACGGAGGUGAUCCGAACAGUAUCACAAUUUUUGGCCAAUCAGCAGGUGGAUUCAGUGUAGGCCUCCUUGCUUUGAUUCCGCAGAAUAAAGGACUUUUCCACAGGGUAAUUAUGCAAAGCGGAGUGCCAAAUUCGUCCUUGAAGGUUACCCGUCCGGGGUACGACACUUACACUAUAUCUGAUACCAUCUCCACUCAUUUGUGUCCAUUUUUCAGACAAGAUCUCGCCAUGAGAGUUAUAUGCUUGCGGUAUUUAUCAUCCCCUACCCUAACGCGUCCGUACGCUUACCUAUCCUUUGCUCCAGUCGUUGACAAUGAGUUGUUUGAGCAAACACCCGAAGAGAUUCUAAAAGACGGAAAUUCGUCUGCGUUUGAAUUUUUCAUGUCCCUUGAUAUUGUAGUGACUAACUGCGAUGUGGAUGGAUCAGUCUUGUUUCCAACCCUUAAGGUCCUGGAAAUCAGUUAUAAGUUUGAUUCUUCAACACCGCCUGAACUGGUAUGGGCAUACGGUCCGGAGUCCAUGCUGGAAUCAUACUACGGAACAAACAAGCGGAUAAUUAAGGAAGUCAGUAACUUUUAUGGAUUCACUCGAGACUUGGAUUUCAAAGAUCAAAGUCAAAAAUGGACUGCGUUCUACACUGACCUGUUUUUCAUGGCCCCAUCCAUGGAGAUCGCUGACGUCCAUUAUAAUAGGGUCUCGUCUACAUUCAGACUCGUUCUGACCAGGAAAAGCCCCGUAUAUCCGGGUCUGAUGUAUAACGAGUCGUCGCCCCCUGGGUGGUUCCACGGGGCCGCCCACUCCGAUGACGUAGUGUUUCUGUUCCUGAUCGAGACUCUACAGGAGCUGGACCCAAACACCACGGUGACGGCGUCAGAGGAAGACCUGCAAUUCGCCUCCAAGAUGAGACGAUAUUGGUCGAAUUUUGCAAAAAACGGAGACCCAAACGACCCGUCUUUGCCAUUUUGGCCAAGUUACAACACAAAGAACAAGACGGUCAUGCUCUUCGGCCAAAACAUCAGUUCAGACGCUUCCUACAGAAACAACCAAUCAAACUUUUGGUUGGACACCAUACCUAACAUUCUACAUCCUCAUGUUCAUGAAAUGACGUCAUCAAAACCAAGUACAAGUGACAGUACACAUGAUCAAACCAGUACACGUGAUCAAGCAAAUACACGUGAUCAAACCAAUCAACAAACAUCGUCUGCUGGACUUUGUUGUUCCACAACCCAGGUGGAAAUGUUUAUGUUUACUUUCUCUAUACUCAUCAAUUGUGUUCUUUGAAUAAAAUUGUAUGUUUAUGCAUAAAAUUAAAACGUUGUGGGGAUAAUAUAUAACACAAAACAACGUAAAUAGUCAAAGUUAAUAAAUAAAUUACCAUGAGAAUGAUAAGAUAUCAUUCAAUAGACUCUUUAUUUUUAUACCUGUAGUGUGGUUAAAUCGCAAAAAUUCAUCUGAUACACAAAUAGUACUGAUGGAGAAAAAAAACCCAGUGACUGCUUAUCUACAAACUCUUCUAUUUUAUACUUUAGCUUGGCUUUGAAACUAUUUAAAAUUGACAUGAGUAUAUAACGAUUUUCAAAACGUUCCAACUAUUUCUGAUAUUUGAACCGGUAGAUUACAGACUAUACAAACUCUGACAAGAAUAACAACCAGUGAUGGAGUUUGAUCCUAUUUAUUCCUGACAGCCAUGGCAAUUUUUAUAACUUUAAACUAAAUAAUAUUCCUAUUAGACAGAUUCAUAAUUUUUCACAAAUUAAAAAAAAAUCACAAAAUAUCCAUAAAAAUAUUCUCUUUGUUCAUUGGAAGGUAGAGCAGCUGAGUAUUGAAGUCAUCACAUCAGAGUUGAGCUUGAAAUUUCUACUAUACAUCAAUUUAAAGGAGGUAAAAACACAUAAAUUAAACUAAAUUCACUCUCAUAUUGCUGCAAUUUUGUUCAGAGGAUAAUGUAUUUACUAACUAAUUAAAUUACCAGUACUUUAAACUGACAAAUGAUGUCUGCUAAAAUCUAUUGCACAAUCAAAUAUAAAGCAAUUGUUUCCUUUCAGCAUCACAAAAAUGUAUCUAUACAGAUGUAAAUAUAUUUUUAUUUACACAAGAUAACACUCCAUAUACUAUAAAUAACAAACAAUUUGUUGGGUGGAAACAGAAUAAACUGGUUUUUUAAUAUCACAUGUUCCUUUGCACUUCUUAUGAACAGUUUACAUGUACAAAAACAUCAGAAGAAAAAAAAAACUUUGGAAAUGCAAAAAGAAUAAAACGUGAAAUCUUUAUAAAUGGCCAUCAAUGAAAUAAACAGAAAUCAAACAAAAUAUGAAGUUACACAUAUUGUGUAAUAUAAAACUUACACAAAAUAAAAGUAAACGUUAAAGAAUAUACUUUAUAUGACUUAAUUCAAGAAUAACAAAAUUUGUAAAAUUACAUAGAAAUCUCCGGGAAAACAAAACAAAAUCAAAUAAUAAUCAUAAACAUGUAGACUGUACAUAUAGGUCAUGUAAACACUACAUUCCUCACUAAUAAAGUCACAAAGUAUCACAUUGUUCAGUGUUUAAAAUCAUAAUAUCAAUCUCAAAAGGCAAAUAUUUUUGCCUUUUUCCCCUGGCACUUUAAGACAAAUUAU